CAGAAAACGAAACUUGUUUAUAUUUCCCACCAAUCGUCAGCAGUCAGGACAAAGGCUGUGCUGGUGGCUGAUGAGAGCGACACAUCAUGUCACCACAGUCAUCGGGAAAGGUGAAUGCGACGAUGGCAGUGCAGGCACGUGUGCUGGCCAGUUCAGCGCUGUCCAGCUUCCCAUGCAUGUGCAACCUAUCCUCCAAGCCUCUCACGGCCGCCGUCAACCAAGUCACAACCAAGGAUGUGAUUGUGAGGCUGCAAUGGGGAAGCCAGAGCAUCGUGUGUGGUGUAUCCGGAUUUGCACGGGAAACAGCCCGCGGCGACGCCACAGUGGAACUGUCUCCCGCACUUAUGCGAGCAUACCACAUCAAACCAGGCACCAAGGUGGCUGUCUCUGUAGUCAAUGGUGACCUUCCUCGCUGCACGGCUUUGACAGCCCGCUUGACGUCCCAAACAGACUGGCAAGCAGUGGCGCUCAACUCCACAAACUUGGAAAACUGCUUCCUCCAACAGGCGCGCAGUGUGCGUGCACCGGGCGUGCUGCCCAUCAGCGUGGAUGGCCGCGCACUGCAGCUCGAGAUAGUGACGGCCAGAGAUGAGGCCAGUGCCACAUGCACCAACACGUGGAUGGUCAUUGGUCCAGACACGCGCAUCACCGUCCUCUCCCCUCAUGACCUCGAUGCGCCAAGCACGAGUCGCCCGCCGUCGCUGCUGUGGUGCCGCCUCCGCGUUGUCGUCAGCGAUCGCCUUCCCGUCGACGCGUGUCUGCCGUCAGCACGCGCCCUCCUCCCAACACAGCGCAUUGUGAAGGCGUUUCUGUCCAAGUACCGCGAUGUCAUGCAUGUGCAGGACGCAGACAGCGGCGGUGGCGGUGAGGGAGGAGAGCACGCAGCGCCAACUCCUGCACGUCCGCAACAGCGAAUACAGCGUGCGUCAACACCGCGCACCACAACACGAAGAGCAACGACACAGCCGCCAGCGUCAACCGCGACGCCUUCAUCAUCAUCGCCACCCUCAUCAUCAUCAUCAUCAUCAUCACAAUCAACAUCACCAUCACAUCGUCGCGUUGCACUGGCUGCUAUCGGAUAUUCCCAUUACCUCGAACCGCACGAGAUUCUCGUCUCAAGGAGACUCGCAUCGCGCCUUAACAUGACAACAACGGAUUGGGCAGUGCUGAUUGCGCACGUACGCGCAUCUUCCUGUGAUUCCAGUGACACCACACCACAGCAACAGCAGCAACAGCGAGACGGGCCAAGUUCGCGUUCACUUGGUUGCCGCAUUGUUCCCGAUGUGAACGUCGAUCCUGUGCGCGUGCAUACGCCAGCUCGCCCGCUGUAUACACGUGCAAUUGCUCGCGUGUGUGCACACAUCUCCCGCGCACUCGGGCGACGACAACACCAACAUGAGCAGCAGCAACAUGAACAACAGCAGUUGUAUCAGCACCAACCACAGUCGUGUGAAUCACGCAGCAAGCAGCCCCUCCAUGGUACCGAACGCAAGCGCAAUGGCACACUAGCUGGUGUUCGUCGUGGUGAUGUGGACCAUCCAUCCUCCUCAAAUAACCCAGAUACCCAUGCAAGAACGGUGCCAACGAUAGCGAUACCGCAACCGAAAACAGCAACACCUUCAUCACCACUGCCGCCGCCGACAUCGACGUGCGUGCUCGUGUGUGGGCCGCGUGGAAGUGGUCGGACGACGCUGGGCGAUGAACUGUGCACAUGUGCGCAGCAGCGGUUUCUCGCACACGUGUGCACGAUUCAGUGCCGGCAGCUCAAGGGCAAGACGGCGGCGGUGCAAGCCAAUGCCUUUCGCCAACACAUACGCGAGUGUCUCUUCCGUGCACCGGCACUCCUCGUUGUUGACGAUCUCGACGCACUCUGCCCUGCAGAGAUGCAGGGUCCUGACAGCGCUUCCUUGCUGCUGCAGUUAACGCGUUUGUUCCGCAGCAUUCCUGCAUGCGCACAGGUCGCUGUUGUUGCCACGGCCACUGCCCACACUGCGUUGCAUAAGGAACUCUUGGGCAUGGGGCUCUUUGUCCAUACGGUGAACCUCUCGCAUGUCACGCCACGGCAGCUUGCGUCUGCCCUGCCUCACCUUCUUGAUGAUCUCAACAUUUCCCACGCCAACGCCCCCACCCAACAACAACAACAACAACAACAACAACAACAACAACAACAACAACAACAACAACAACAACAACAACAACAACAACAACAACAACAACAACAACAACAACACGGUGAUGCCCCUGUGUCGCUGCGUGCGCUCCACGCUGCCAUCGCCCCAGCGCUGUCACGCCGCCUCGUUGUGCGGGAUAUUGUGCACGUGUUGCGGCUCUCCCAAGCGGCGGCGCUGCGGGCAAACCGAUCGCACCACCACGUUACCCCCGCCGACAUCCGCGCCGUCACAUUGAACUACACACCACUGCACGUUGACGCGCUGCCGCUGCGCGACGCAACACUCACGUUUGCUGACGUGGGUGGCAUGACGCAAGCCAAGCGGAAGCUCACGCGAACCAUUGGCUGGCCCAUCCGCUACGCCCACCUGUACGCGCGCGCGCCGGUGCAGCUCACAGACGGGGUGCUGCUGCACGGGCCAACCGGGUGCGGCAAGACGAUGCUCGCCAAGGCGACGGCCGGGGAGUUUGGCCUCAACCUGAUUGUGGUCAACGGGCCGGAGCUGCUGAACAAGUACAUUGGGGCGAGCGAACAGGCCGUGCGCACGGUGUUUGCACACGCGCAGCAGGCGGCGCCCUGCCUGCUCUUCUUCGACGAGAUUGAUGCCAUUGCCAGCCCACGCGGGAGCAGCAGCAACGGCGUGUGCGACCGGGUGGUGAACCAGCUGCUCACCUAUCUCGACGGCGUGGAGGAGACGAGGGGCCGCCGCGUCGUCGUCGCCGCCGCCACCAGCCGCAAACACAUGGUUGACCCUGCCCUGCUUCGCCCCGGCCGUCUUGGGCACCACAUUGCGUGCACGCCGCCGUCGGUGGAGGAGCGGGCCGAUAUCCUGCGUGUGCUUGCGCGUGACAACACGCUCGGUGGCGAUGUGGACCUGGCGUCCGUUGCCGAGCACACGCGCGGGUGCACGGGUGCGGACUUGAAGGCGAUUAUCACAAACGCGCAGCUGGCAGUGGCACGUGUAGCCUUGAGCAGCGCACGACAGCACAAUCGCCGCCGUGCUGGAGUGACCGGUGGUGGGGAUGCGGACGAUGAUGGAAGUAGUGGUGGUGCUGUGGUGUCUGCAGCGCCCCUGGUACCUGUAAUGAACGGAGAUGGGGAGACUGGAGUUAGAUUUGCUGCCAUGGCUGACCAUGGUCACGAUGGCAACGGCCACCAGCCAAAACGCGGCGGCGAUGGCCUGCAGACACCACCGCCUUCCUCGCCGUCUUUGCUUCGUCGGCACCUCAACACCAACACCAGUGAUGGUGCAAGUGGCAUGAGUGUGCCGCUGGUGGGCAGCGUGAGCUCACCACCACGUGUGCAUCGGCGCUCUCUCGGUCUCCUGCACGCCAACGGAAACGCACACGCAAGUACGCACCAUGCACGUGAUGGAGGUGGUGGUCGUGGUGAUGGUCGUGUUGCGGGUGUUUUUGUUGUCGAAAGUGGAGCUGAUGCGAAUGGCCGUCGCAUAGAUGAAGCCGGCGAUGAUCAUGAUGAUGAUGACGAUGUGGAUGAUGAUGAUGACGAUGAUGAUGAUGAUGAUGAUGAUGAUGAUGAUGAUGUGGACGAUGUGGAUGAUGUGGUGGUUGAAGAAGCAGAUGCAGGCGGUACAAGCAGCUGUGGACUCUCAAACAGUGACCACGAGGACAGCAGUGACCACACCAGUGACGACAAUGAUGAUGAUCAUGAUGAUCAUGAUGAUGUUGAUGAGAACGGGGGCCGCGACACGGUUGCCAGUGACAGUGAUGAUGGCGGUUGUCAGAUUGGGGCAGACAGUGACAACGGUGUGGCUGCAGAGGACACGACCAUCCACCAGCACCACCUCGUGCGCGCUGUACAGGAGCUGCUGCUCUCCCGCAUCGUCCAGCGCCCGAGUGAUGAUGGUGAUGAUGCUCAUGGUGGUGGUGUUGGCACCAAACUCUCGUUUGCGGGCUUCGUGAUGUGUCAUCAUGAACGAUUGCGAACUGACGAACAACACCAACAACAACAACAACAACAACAACAACAACAACAACAACAACAACAACAACAACAACAACAACAACAACAACAACAACACUUGAGAUAA